AGCAUGUCCCAGAAAGAACAUAAACUACGUAAGAAAAGAAAAUCCGGAGUUGUAAGUACUUCUGAUGCGCGAAGAUUAGGAUCGCGCAUGGGAAACAACACUUAUAGCCCAAGGAUGCACGACGUUUGUCCUUUAUUUGCUCGCAGUAAGACGCAGCCCGAUCUGUGGUUUCUUGCUGCGAUUUUGUCGGUUGAGGCAGCACUGCUCGUCGGUACUAGGAAUUUUUUUUCCUGAGCGGUCCAUCGAGUGGGGUAUGAGCAGCAGUAGAGAUGUACAGCAGAAGCAGAGGGAAAAAUGUCUAUCGCUCCUCCCUUUUGUACAAUAUGCGUCGCAGGUUUUGCGACGAGCAGGAGACGCCCAACAAAAACCUCAGAGUCAGUCCAGAAGCUGUGCCUUAGAUACGCAUGUUAUAGAAAUUGACGCAAUCGCGCAAAGUACGCAUUGUCAUCUUUCAAGCUACUCCUAAUUGUAAUUAUUUAUCGACCACACCAACACAAUUUUUACGAUUUCGAACCCCCGGCUCUAUAGUUGUUUGCGACCACACGCCGUAGGAUCGUUCGUGUAGCGAUCCGGACGUGUGGCUCGUGGUUUAUCUAUCUAGAAGAAUCGUCAUCUGUUUUUUUUUUCAACAUCAGCAACAGUAUUAUCUGACUCUGCGUGAAGACACCAGAACAACCGGAGAAGAGCUUUCCGGGUGUUCGUCCUGGUUUACGAGGCGCAAUCUCGCCGCGGCGGCCGUUGACGAUCUGGCUUGAAAAAAACUCGCACCAAACCCUGAUAGCUGCAUAUGAACUGCAAAAGUAUCGUACUCGUAUAAAUGCAUCACAAAUUUCCUCAGUAUGAGAAAGAAAAUCUGUAAUGCAGAUUUGCCUUGGCAACGAGAUUUGUAAUGCAAGACUUGCAUUUGUACGAGUACGAUACUUUUGCACAGGAUACUGCACAAUGACCAGCAACUCCACGUCCGGUGGGCCGGUCGGCUCCGCGGCGGAGGAGGAUGGCACGGAUUGGCUCGGCCGUACCUCGAAGGACAGCGGUGGCGGCGUGCAGUUCGGCCAGAACUUUCAGAAGAUCGCGCACACCCUGGAUACGCACGUGUGCGUGCCGCGGCGUGCCGUGAGUCACAAGAAGGAAGCCACGCUGUCCCGGCAGAAAUCGCGGAAAAUCUACCGCAGCGUCGAGGACGUCGUGGGCAGCGAGUGCUCCUGGGCGGUAUCGGCGUAUUGCAAUGCCACAAGGGGAGCGCAGUUGUCCGCGCUGGAGGAUACGACAGGUACUAUCCAGGCGUGUCAGUGUCUUACUUUCGAUCGAUGGUUCCAUUUUUCUACUCGAUAUUUCCAAGCAUAAAAAUGAUCGUGAUCGUCAAUGAAUUAUUUGCUGCAGUGACAAAGAGAAAGACAACGAGAACGAACCUGAAUUGUUGAAUAUUAGAGUAGUAGAUGAAGAACGGAAACGGACCUAAGGGUAAGGAAUCAAUGAGAUAUAUCGCCAUCCCUUCACCUUACUACAGCGGAGCACAAAGCGUUACCGGCCUGGACCAUGAUGGCGCGAUGCACGGGCGGUGCGUUGGCAAAACACGAUAUCAUGGUGAAGCACUUGCAAGCCGCCGGUGCGGGUUCGGUCGGCGCCAUGCAGGAGGUGAUCGACGGUGGGCCAUCGGAGGAAACGAUUAAGGAACGCAAGGAACAGGGAAUUCUGGGGAAGACGCCAGGUAUUUUUAAGCUGCUCUUGUUUUUAGUAAGAUGAGUUGCUGUAGUUGUGCUGGUUGACGACUCCAGGUUCUGAAUGGCACGACCACAGCGCAACAUCUAGGGAUGAAUUUGCCUAAAAAAUGGUGUAUUCAGCCUGUUCAUGUCGCAUGAAAAAACUAUUUACUUAACUCCUUUCAUCCCUGUUCCAAGGUACGCGCUACUGGGCCGGGCAGAUUGACGAUCACUACAAGAUGCGGAAGGGCGUAGACACGAAUCCGAAGCUGAACGUGCAGAUGCAGCUCGACAAGUGCCUGAAGCGGCUGCAGGACACGGAGCUUUUCACCAGUAUCCUGUGCAAAAGUAUCGUACUCGUACGAAUCGCAAGUAUGCAUGACUAAUCUUGUUUCUUAGCAAAAUCAGCAUUACAAAUUCCGCUUUUCCUUCUGGAAAAAUUUGUAAUGCAAUUUAUACUAGUACGAUACUUUUGUGAUGCAUAACCACGAAUAUGCAGCAGCCCGCCAUGGACCCGUCAAAAAAAGUGGAACUCGACGAGGUCUGGGAGCAGUGCAUUUGGAAGUGGUACAAAAAGCCCAUGAGCACCACUAUCGAGAACCACCUGUAGAUCAUAGUGGAGGUUCUGGGAUCAUCGAGAGUUGCGGGGACUCUCGAUGCGAACAGCGGUAGUGUAGUGCUCGAUGCUGGUUCAGUACAACAGAUGUGACCAAUCUUGAUGAUAAAAAACACAUCAGAGGAAUACGUUUCGCACUGCCUCUUUGUUAGCUUCGUACAAGAAGCAGAUUCGUGGAUUUCCAGUCGACGCCAGGCAUCAAAGGCAUCAGUUGAUCGCAACACAAGUCUAUUUUACCGAUGAAUGGUCCAGAAAGAGUCAGAUUCUUCAGAAAUAUUCACGGAAAUGAGUACAGCGAUAGUUCUUCCCUACAACAGUCAAAUGAUCGUGAGCGUGAGCUUCCAACUUAGCUUUGAGAACAAUCUUCCCGUGGUCGGUGCCAGAGGAUCAUUUUACAUGGGCUACCUCAAAAAGGCAAAAGGACAUCGACAUGUGCGGUGAUGGAAUUUUGAUCGCAGCAACGAAUGCUAUUCUUGGACCAUGCUCAAAGAUAGCAGAGUGAAGAUGAAGUCGACUUUUACGUAGAAAGGUAUCUAUUCAGUAUUUUGACGCAAAUAACGACCACCCGAGGGAAUUAAGUACACGGCAAGUGUUGUCAGUACUAGUGAUCCUCCUGCUGCUGCACCUCAAUGGC